AGAGUUCCAGUGCUUACUUAGAUGGAAUAUGUGCUGUGAUUCUAUUGCUUUGCAACAGUGCAUUCACAGAUGACCAGGAGUGAUGGUUUCAGCCACAAGAGCUGCUCCAAAGCUUAGCUGAUGCCUCUACUAGCCUAGCACAUCCCUAGGAGAAGAUGACUAUGUUCUUCAAAACUCUCCGAAACCACUGGAAGAAAACUACAGCUGGGAUCUGCCUAGUGGCAUGGGGAAGUCAUUGGCUGUAUGGAAAACACUGUGAUAAUCUACUCAGGAGAGCGGCUUGCCAGGAGGCUCAGGUUUUUGGCAAUCAGCUCAUUCCUCCAAAUGCACAAGUAAAGAAGGCCACUGUCUUUCUCAACCCUGCGGCUUGCAAAGGCAAAGCCAAGACCCUGUUUGAGAAAAAUGCCGCCCCCAUUUUACACCUCUCUGGCAUGGAUGUGACCGUUGUCAAGACAGAUUAUGAAGGCCAAGCCAAGAAGCUCCUAGAGUUGAUGGAGAAUACGGAUAUGAUCAUUGUCGCAGGGGGAGAUGGGACCCUGCAGGAGGUCAUUACUGGGCUUCUCCGGCGAGCAGAUGAGGCCACCUUCAGUAAGAUCCCCAUUGGCUUCAUCCCGCUGGGCCAGACCAGCAGCUUGAGUCAGACCCUCUUUGCUGAGAGUGGGAACAAAGUCCAACACAUCACGGAGGCCACACUCGCCAUUGUAAAAGGGGAGACUGUUCCUCUUGAUGUCUUGCAGAUCAAGGGUGAAAAGGACCAGCCUGUUUUUGCUGUGACUGGCCUGCGAUGGGGAUCCUUCAGAGAUGCUGGCGUCAAAGUUAGCAAGUACUGGUAUCUUGGGCCUCUGAAAACCAAAGCCGCUCACUUUUUCAGCACUCUUAAGGAGUGGCCGCAGAUUCAUCAGGCCUCCAUCUCCUACACGGGCCCCCGAGAGCGACCACCCAGCAGUGCUGAGGAGACUCCGGCUCGCCCCUCUCUGUACCGGAGAAUCCUGCGGAGGCUGGCAGCAUACUGGGCACCCCCCCAGGAUGUCUCCCAGGCGCUUCGUCCUGAGGACUGGCAGGAGAUGCAGUUGUCCACCAUUGAGCUAUCCAUCACCACAUGCAACAGCCAGCUGGACCCCACGAGCACGGAAGACUUCAUGAACAUCUGCAUCGAGCCUGACACCGUGACCAAAGGGGACUUCAUAAUGCUGGGGAGUAAGAAGGUGCAAGAACCAGCACUCCGCUCUGCUGGGACUGAGUGCCUCCGUGCCAGCCAGUGCUCUCUGCGGCUGCCUGAGGGCACAGAGGGCUCCUUCAGCAUAGACAGUGAGGAGUAUGAGGCGAUGCCCGUGGAGGUGAAGCUGCUCCCCAGGAAGCUACGUUUCUUCUGGGACCCUCGCAAGCGGGAGCAGUUGCAACUUCAGGCAGUCCCAGGAGCCUGAGCAGCCCCAGCAUACAGCUCAAGGGGGACAUCGCUACCCCCACACCGCCUGCCCCAACAGUGGGACCAAACGGUGCCCGGCAUCCCUGCGUGCCCACUCCCUCUUGCCACAGCCAGCGCCCCUCUGCCCUGCUCCACCUGGGACUUCUGCACCUAGCUCCCCUGCAGCAACACACACAGCUGUUCCCUCCCAGCAGCUCGAGGGGCAGGCUUUGUCCCAGCAGAGUGCAAGCACAUGGGACAGCAGGCUCCCCAUCAUCCCAAUCCCAUACCCCUUCCUGGGCCUACCUGUCCCCCACCUUUUCCCAUCCAUCGCUGCUGCAGGCGCCUGUGGCCCUUCUUCAGCCAUGGCUGAACUAGUAGAAAAUGCUGAUGUUGUGCGUUACUUUAUUUUUUUUUUUUUUUUUGAGUAGUGCUUCUUCAUUGUGGUGCAUGCUGGAAACUGGCUUGGCCCACUGCCGCAAUCCAGAUAAGUCCAGUCAUCUGUGCAUCUGUGUCAUUUUUUUUUAAAUAAGUGACCACCCUUGCAGGGAACCCUUAGCUGUUCCACCCUUUCCUCUCAUGUGUGCCCCAGAAGUAUUGGGGAAAAUCAUGUAUUCUCCCACACUCUGAAGCUGACGUCUAAAAUCUUAUAGAGGAAGUUAAAAAGUUGCCAAAGUAUGUCCUUGUCUGGUGCCAUGUAAAUAUUGAUAUUUUAAAAUAAAACCGUUAACAUCACUCUCAAA